AUGAAACUCAGAAUCCUAACCAUUAUUCUUCUACCAAUAAUUGAGGCUAAAAUAGCGAUUGAGAUAAUGAUGACAAAAAGUGACAAUCAAAUACAAAUAUCCGGAUGUAAUUCUGACGUUAUAAGCGAUACAGAAACACUUACAUUUAACUUGACCGAUGCUAAUCUUAAAAACGCUGUGGAAAAAUUAUUCGGUAGAAAACCUGACGAUGUAUUUCUCAAAAGCCCUACACCCUGGGGAGAUCUGUACGAGACAUACUCUUGGGAGGAAGUUGAGAGACAUUUCCGGCCGCAACGCGCCAUUAAAAACAUAAUUAAAAACAAAAUGGUUGUACUGUCGCAACAAUUUUACAAUAACCAAGGUAAUUCAACAGUUUUCUCAGUGAAAAUUGAGGAUAAAAUCGAGAACAAUGUUGCUUCAAAAUGGACGAAAGCUCAAGAAUUAACAGUGAACGACUAUAUCACUUAUGACAUUAAGCUUGACGAUUUUCCGAGAAUCUUAUUCAUAGCGAAUUACAAUCAAAACGCAAAGAAAUACGAAAUAGUAAAAAUCGAUGCCAACAUUGAUGUGCAUUUAGAACCAAACCAACAUAUUAAGGCGGAGUUGGCGGCAAACAUAACAACAGUUGAGGUUAUAAUUGAUUACGAGGCACACUUGACAGGUUUGACAGCUGUCAACUACGUCAGAAAAUACGACAAUCAUCAUUUUUGGGGUUUAGACAUUAACACCGUAAUGGCGGCAGGUAGAUUGAAACCAACAGUGAAAGUUAUGGAAGAGAUUACGAUAGAAUAUUAUUCGGAUGCGAACAUUAUAAUCACAGAUCAGAACACUAGUGAUGUAUUAAAUACGUACUCCGUCAACUUUUUGUAUUAA